AUGACGGCCGACACACAGGCUGAGAAGCAGGCGGGUGAUGACGUUGCGGAUCUCAAGACAGCUGUGACUGAGGGAGAUAGACAGGCUCCCACGACUGAUGAGAGCGCGCUGCAGGCCGAGAGCGAGCAUGAUUUUCCUGAUGAUGAUUCAGCGAUCGGGGAGAAUGCUGCGAGCAGUACAGCGUCGAUCAAUUCAAGCAUCAUGGCCUAUCGCACUGCGAAUGGAAGAACAUACCAUGCUUCCAGAGAGUCCAGUACGAAACCCGCUCUCUCCGAGCAAGAACCUUUAGAUCUCCAACAUCAUUUGUUCACCCUCACUCUUGGCGGGAAGCUUUAUCUUAGUCCGAUUGGAGAUACCAAGCAUUUGAGCCGCGCUCUUGAUGCAGGAACCGGUACUGGUGUCUGGGCAAUUGACUUUGCUGACGCUCACCCCGAAACUGAGGUCACCGGCAUUGAUCUCAGCCCCAUCCAACCAAAUUUCCUCCCCACAAAUCUCCAGUUCCAAGUCGACGACCUCAAGGACGAAUGGACAUUCUCCUACAACUUCGACUUCAUCUUCGCCCGCAUGAUGACCGGCUCAAUCGGCGAGUUUCCCAAAUUCUUCGCCCAAUCCUUCAACGCGCUCAGUCCCGGCGGGUGGGUUGAGUGCCAAGACAUAACAUUCCCCGCGCAGUGCGACGACGGCACUCUCAAAAGGGACUCUUACAUCGAGCAGUGGUCUAGUUUCAUGAUUGAAGCGACGAAUAAAUUCGGUCGCACGGCGGAGAGUGCGAAAUUCUACAAGCAGCAGAUGAUAGGUGCCGGGUUUGUGAACGUUACCGAGGUGGUGUACAAGUGGCCGACUAAUAGAUGGCCUGCUGAUCCUUAUUAUAAGGAACUUGGAUUUUGGUGUAACCAUAAUAUCGCUGGUGAGCUGUCCGGUCUUUCCAUGGUGCUCUUCACGAAAGGGCUGGGUUGGAGUCCUGAGGAGGUAGAGGUGUUUUUGGCAAAGGUUAGGGCGGAAAUGAAGGACAGACGCAUCCAUGCUUGGUGGCCUAUACAUGUUGUUUAUGGCCAAAAGCCCGAGGCCUGA